AACAGUAAGCUGUGACGCUAUUGGCGCAGCCUCGACCUGUUUCCUGUGUCGGGUUUGUUUACGUGGUGCUGCGAGGUGGACAAAAUGAUCGGGGAUAUACUGAUAUUCGGGACCUUACUUGUCAAUGCGGGAGCUGUGCUAAACUUCAAACUGAAAAAAAAGGACUCACAAGGAUUUGGAGAUGAAUCUCAUGCACCAACUUCAGGAGAAAAUAUCAGAGAGUUUCUUCUGAGCCUCCGGUACUUUCGGAUAUUUAUUGCCUUAUGGAACAUCUUUAUGAUGUUUUGCAUGAUUUUGUUAUUUGGAGCCUAGGAACAAACCACUUGGAGAGGGAUGUGUAUGUUAUGCAUCAAAUGAAGACACUUUAAUGGAAUUUUUGUAAUCUGUGGGUGUUGUGGGCAACUUCUCUGGUUAUUGGUAUGGGCAUAUUUCAUUCUCACACUCUUUAGUUUGGUCGACCAUAAUAACACUACCAAACAUCAACUUGUCUGUGCUCAUUUAGAAAUGAAGAAUGCAAAGCCUAAUAGACCAAAUGCAAAUUGUUGGGCAACUUCAAAAUAAUCUCUAUCGAUGUAAGGGCUUCGAGGUCUUCGCAGCUGAAAAGAAAGUGAAGAGCCCGAAAAAUUUCAGUAGCAUGCAAGGCCUCUAAAUUCUGACUUUUUACAUGUUCUGUACGAUGAUAUGAACAUGAUGAACAUUUGUCAAUAUAGCAGUUAAGAUUUGUAAGUUGAUAAUGUAUUCUCUCUUUUUUCCUUUAUUAUAGGUAAUACCUUUCCCA